AUGACAUUUACUCAGUACAGUCAUCUGCCGAUUCGUGGAUGGACAGAAACGAGAGAGAAACCCUAUCUGAACGACUUUUGUAAUCUGAGCAUUGUAACUAACAGCGAAUUGACGGUAAACCCGCGUACGUACAAAGAUGAAAAACCGUACCGAUGUGAUGUCUGUCAUAAGUCGUUUACUCAAAACAGCCAUCUGACUGUACACCAGCGAACGCAUACGGGUGAAAGACCGUACCGAUGUGAAGUUUGCAAUAAGUCGUUCUCUCAAAACAGCAAUCUGACUGUACACAAGCGAACGCAUACGGGUGAAAAACCCUACGCAUGUGAGAUAUGUGACAAGAAGUAUGUCAGUAAUAGUGCACUGACUGAACACCGGCGGAUACAUACCGGUGAAAAACCCUACGCAUGUGAGAUAUGUGACAAGAAGUUCAUCAAUAGUAGCAAACUGACUGUACACCAGCGGACGCAUACGGGUGAAAGACCGUACCGAUGUGAUGUCUGUCAUAAGUCGUUCAUUCAACACUGCCAUCUGACUAUACACAAGCGGACACAUACUGGUGAAAAACCGUACCGAUGUGAUGUUUGCAAUAAUUCGUUCACUCAAAACAGUCAACUGACAGUACACAAGCGGACGCAUACGGGUGAAAAACCCUACGCAUGUGAGAUAUGUGACAAGAAAUUUAUCAGUAAUAGCAAACUGACUGUACACCAGCGGACGCAUACGGGUGAAAGACCGUACGGAUGUGAUAUAUGCAAUAAGUCGUUCUCUCAAAGCUGCAAUCUGACCAGACACCAGAGAACGCACACGGGUGAAAGACCGUACCGAUGUGACGUGUGUGAUAUGGUAUUCUCUCGAAGAAUGUUACUGAAUAUACAUAGGCGGACGCAUACGGGUGAAAAAAAAAGCACAAGUGUAACAAAUGAUGUCAGUGGAAUGUCCUUGGGACAGUCCGACGAGUCAUAA